GGGGGCGGGGGAGGAGGAGACGUGGGAGCCUUCGCUUCGAAGUAGUACAGCCUUCCGUUUUGCUCUGCUCGCCAUCCAUCCGAACUUGGCAUUGGAGCAUGCAGCAGUGUGCACUUGCCACCAACAUCCAUUCCCCCCGGACAAUUUGAACUCAACUCUACUGGAAGGAGUUGAGAGCUUACUGGAGAUUUUGCGUCUCUGGAAUUGCGUCGCUGUGUUGAUCGAAUUUGAGUGAGUGUUGGAAGGAGAUUAUAUUUUGUGAUUUGAAUUGAGCGGGAUUAGGAUGGCUGUGUUGAGCGGGGGCCUUCUGACUCCUGUGCUUGCGUAUAACGCCUCGGAGAGCGCAUUUGUGGCGGGCCGCAAGCUGGACUGCGUUUCGAGUCAUUGCUCCACGAGUAGGUCUGCUGCGCUGCCGGUUUGCGCGAAAUCCUGGCAGGUAUCGGGGCAGGGGGAGAGUCAGGAUGUAACGAAACAACAGCGAGGUGGAGAUGAGAGGUCUGGGGUUGUGGUUAGCCGCAGAGGAGCGUUGGCCGGUCUGAGUGUGACCGCAGCUGCUUUAGCAGCUGUGGCCCUCUCUCCGGAGAAUGCUUCUGCCGUUCAGCAGACGCUUUUGGCCGGUCGUAUACCUGGACUUUCUGAGCCGGAUUCGAAUGGACUAAGAACAUACAGAAGGCCAGAUGGUAAAUCUGGAGGGCACGGGGUAGGGUGGAGUCCGAUGACUCCUUACUCUUUCAAAGUUCCUCAAGAUUGGGAGGAGAUACCAGUGUCUAUUGCUGAUCUAGGAGGAACGGAAAUCGAUCUGCGAUUUCAGAAUGCUCAAGAAGGCAACAUCAGUGUGGUUGUGGCGCCUGUCUUACGUUUCUCUAGUACAAUUGGAGAUAAUGCCACAAUUGAGGCCGUAGGGUCACCAGAGAAGGUUAUAUCGGCAUUUGGACCGGAGAUAAUUGGGCAAAAUGUUGAAGGAAAAGUCAAGGAUAUGGAUGUCGAACAGUAUGACGGCCGAACAUAUUACCAAUUCGAGCUUGAUGCGCCUCAUACGCUUAUCGCAGCCACAGCCGCUGGAAACCGAUUGUACCUCUUCAGCGUCAGUGCUAAUGGGCGUCAGUGGAAGAAACAUGCACCAGGGUUGAAAGAGAUCAUGAAAUCCUUCAGAGUUGGGUAAGGUGUAAGGUCUAGCUCACACCUAUUUGUCGUGGCACUCUCCGUCUGUAUAUUAAUGCGUAGAGAUUGUAAACUUUCUAUUCAGUACUGUGCGAGUGUGGAAAAAUCCAGCAUGCUUUCUACUAUAAUGGCGGGAAUUAGUUUUGACCAAUAUAAGCGAUUUUGAUUUGUAAAACAUCUUGUACGUGUGAAACAUUCCGUUUCUGAUUACGUAUGCAAUCCGAAGACACUCUCAUUUGUUUUGAUAA